GGAAAUGCAAAAGAAGAAAAGAGAGUUGACAUAAGUAGAAGUUUAGAAAAUAAAAGAUGGAUUCUAAAUUUAAAAAGUAAUUAUGAAAGACUCAGAAACUUAAUAAGUUUAUUGGGAUUCUUCUUCUGAAAAAGUAACAAAACAUUAAUUAUUUAAAGAUCACUCAAGAUAUUAUGGAUAUUACUUUGGAUCCUAAAAUAAUUACUUCAAAAGCUGCUACUCGAUCAAUCUAAUUUUCUACUAAGGAAAAACUAUAAGACUUAAUAUUAAUUUAAGAUGUAUAAAUCAUUUUUAAUGAUUUUAUAGGCAUAUUUACAUGAUUAGAAAAUUGAGCAUUUUGUAUUUAAAUUUGGUUUUGUUAUGCCUGAAACCGUGAACACUUGGGAUUCUACAAUUGUUAACAGACCACCUGAACAAAUGUUGUCCAAAGAAAUCUAAUCUGGCAAUUUAAUUGUUGAUAUCUAAAUGUUUGAAUAAGAUCACCUUAUCUUUAAUGUGAAAGUGAGAAUAUUUUAUUCAUGAAAAAGUUAAAAAAU